AUGCCAAAGUGGAUACAUCUUAAAAACUCAAAUUCGCAGUUUUCUCACAUAUCGCGACAUAAUUUUCUAGAUGGUUGUCGAUAUGUUUACAUCGAUAUAGGAACAAAUAUUGGAAUACAAAUUCGAAAACUUUAUGAACCACAUUUAUAUCCAAAUGCACCAGUUCUACCGCUUUUUGAACAAAUUUUUGGAAACUAUUCAAAUGAAGUAUGUUCUGUUGGUUUCGAAGCAAAUCCUUUACAUGACAAUUAUUUGAAAGAAUUUGAAAAUUAUUGUUUAAAACACAAUUGGCGUGUAAAGAUUUUUACAUCGACUGCUGUUAGUAUUAUAGAAACAAAUCUUACAUUUUAUACCGAACCAGGUAAUGAAGGAAAUAAUCAAUGGGGUGCAAGCUUAGAAGCAAACGGAAAGAAAUCAAGUAUCACUGUACCAAGUAUUGAUAUUGUAUCUUGGUUUAAAAGAGUAGUAUUAAAUCGAAAAAUACCUUCGGGAUUUGCUUCAUCAAAAGUAAUGAUGAAAAGUGAUAUUGAAGGACAUGAUUCAACUGUCAUAGCAAAUCUCAUACUCAAUGGAGUUUAUUGCUCAAUCGAUCUUAUUUAUGGUGAGCAUUUGAACGAUACAUUUCUAAAAGCAAUUUCCUUAUUACAACAAUAUUCAAAUUCAUGCAAAACUAAAUUAAUUUAUAUGGAUGAUGAAUCAUAUUAUACCACAAGAUUUCCUUUUAUUAUACAUAAUUCAACUAACUGA